AAAUUGAAAUUAAAAUGUUAAAAAUGGGAGGAAAAUUAUUUAAUACAUACCUAUUAAUUUUGUUCCUGUCAAUCAACUAAGUGGCUUCUUGAUUAGAGUUAAGCUUGAUAAGAAUAUCCUUGAAGUUUACAUUAUCCUAGUUACAGCAUUUAGAAAAGCCCUGCUUUACAAAUGUUGUGCCAUGCAGUCUGAUACAAAGAAAAUGAUUAAAUCAAUGCCUUUUUAUUUAGGUUUUACUAGUUAAAUAUAAAAAUUAUUUUAAAAUAAAAUAAUUUAAGAAUUUCCACCACUGGGCUGUUCCGUUUUGAAUUGCAUGUCAUCUGUUCUUUCUAACAGAAAGAAUUUGGAGAUAUCAUUUCAUUCCGAAGAAUGUGUCUUUGCAAAACUGGGACGCCUCUGUACAAGCACUAUGCUUUGUAUGUGGAUGAUGAGUACCCUGGCAAGGGAAACAUAAUACACCGCAUAAAAUACCCCAAGGGUAAAGAUAUUGGUUUUGGUGAACUUGAACACGAAGGGAAACACGAAGUAGAGAAUAUUCCGCAGCUUCCUCCACAAAAAAAGGAGGAUAUCAAAAAACACAUUGAGGCUGUGCUUUUAAAACCUGGCGAUUAUGAUUGCAGGAGCAACAACUGUGAACACCUUGCUACCUAUCUGCGAUAUGGUGAAUCUUUUUCAAAACAGCCUGGCACCCUUCUAGGGUUUUUCUGCAAAACAGAUAAUAAAAAUUGUGACGAAUGGAAUCAACUUGUUAAGCAGAUGGAGGACAAUGAAAAACUUGAGGCUGAAUGUUCUAUCUGUCCUGCAGGUUAAAAACUGUUGUCCAGGUUGCUCUUUGAGUUCUGUCUGAGCACGGUAUUAUUGGAAUUAAAGCAAUGAGCAAAACCUGUCUGUUUUUUUCUCUUUUAUUAGAGCAAUCGUAUGUAUUUCACAGUGCCUUGAAGGUUAACCACAAUAUUUGCUGGUACAACUCUACAAUGCUGCAGAUGCACCAAAAACAUCAGAUGUGGUGGUUUUAAAAAAAGUUUGCUUUUCCUGCAUAAAAAAAACUAGCAAUAGAGACUUUUGCAGAUAUCCCAAAUGCAUAUGAUAAAACGUUUACACUAAAUGUUAUAGUACACAUGCAAAACAAAGAGAAAAAUCCAUAGGCAAAUAUUUUAUCUUAGCAGAUAUUUAAAAACGAGAAACAAAAACAUGAUUCAAAUUAAGUUUGUAUGUCAGGACAAACCCAAACUACAGUGUUAUUCUUUCCACGCCCCCCAAUUAAAUAGAUGGGUUAUGAGCAAUACAUCAGGUAGCCCCUUUGUACUAGAAUGACUAAAUGGGUUAAAAACCUGCGCUGUAUUUAAAAGGAGUUUGAUUUUAAAAUAUUCAUUUGAAAGCACAUUCUGUCAUCAAAACCCGACAUAAUUAGUCACAUAAAAACAGAAGGUAUUACCCAGUACUUAAGCAAACUGUUUGAGUGGUCUACAUUAGAUUCUAAAUCAUUUCAGCUGACUUGCAUUGUGAUUUGGUUCAAAACAACAAAAACAAAAUCAAACAAAAAUAUAUAUUCCAUCAGAAUUUAAAAGUGGUUUGAAAAUCACGAUUCUACAAUAGAAAUAAAAGACUAUGAUCAGCAAACUUUAUAUUGUCUUUUAUUCAUUUUAUAAAUGUGGACAAUAGCUAACAUGAUGACUGCUGUUGAGGUAAAAGGCUACAGAUGCAGCUGUAGCCUUUUGCAGCUUUUAGUGACACUAAAAGCUGCAAGUAUGCAUGUUGCAACAUGACAGUCAGUGGAACAUAAAGAUGUUAGAA